AUGGUGCCCCGUCCCCCCCGGCCAGAGGCCUUCCUCACCCCUCGGCCGUCGUCGUCGUCGUCUGCUGCCUCGCUCUCCUCGCGGCUCGUCGGCCUCGUCGCCCCGUUCCUCGCGCCGCCGCCCGUCACUUCCUCCUCCUCUUCUACCGCCACAACCUCUUCAUCAUCAUCAUCAUCGUCCUCCAACGACGACGGUAACCUCGCCGGGCACCACCCCACCGCCGCCGACGCCCCCGCCGCUCUCGCCCUCACGGCCGCCAUAUUCGCCUUCCUGCUCGUCUUCCUCCUCUCCCUCAGCCUCCGCCGGCGACGGCAGCGGCCCCGAUGCGCCGCCGCCACCGCCGCCCUCUUCGCGCCGUUUGUCUAUCCCUGGACCCGCAACCGAAGCCGCAGCAACACCAACAGAGCCGACGACAUCACCAGUGCCCCCCACGACAACAGCAGCAGCGGGAGCUACAGCGGAGGCGGCAACCCCAAUCGUCUCAGCCGCCAUGAGAUGACCUCGCGCCCGCAGUCGCUCUACGACCCCACGGGCUUCAACGUCGCGGCCGGGGCAGCGGCGAGUGCCCAGGCGGGUGGCGGCAGCCCGCGAUCAGGCAUGUACUUUCCCUACCUGAUCCUCGGCGGAGGCGCCGCCCAGCAACAGCAACAGCAGCAACAGCAGCAGCAGCAGCAGCAGCAGCAGCAGCCGCUGCUAGAGCGCUACAGGGACGAGCCGCAGGAUCCGCCGCUCGAGCUCGACGAGGCGACGUGGGAGAGGGCCGACGGAAAGGAUGGGAGGCCAGACGUCCUGCACUGGCACGGGACCAACAUGCUCAACACGGCUUGGGGUUGGAUGGCUUGA